UGCUACCGUCGCUUCCUAAUUUCAAGUCAAAUUUUGCGCGCAAAUUUGCAACCGUUGGCUGCGACACCUCUCGAGCAGUUGUAAGUCGAUUUGCGACCUGUCAAAUUUUGAAUUUCAAGUGAAAAUGGCGGUUGCGCGACAAGCAUUGGCCGCUUUGGCCAAUGAUUUACUUGAAAAUUCUAGUGAAAGCAGUGAUGAUAGUGAACGUAGUGAUAAUGAAGAACAUCCAGUGAGACCAUUUUUGAUGAACGACAUUCCGGAGAGGCUACUUUUUCAACGAACUCGGCUUGAUCGAACCGUUUUUAAUUAUGUUUUGCAGCUCAUUUCGCCGGCUCUGACGAAAAAUACCAAAAAAGGGCGUUAUUCUCACUUGACCCCCAUGCAUAAAUUGUAUGUGGCUCUGCAGUUUUACGCCACUGGGACAUACCAAUGGAUGGUAGGCAGCAGCAGUCGCAUUUCUCAAAGUGCAACGUCGAAAGCCAUCCACGAAGUGACUGCAGCUUUGGUCGAGGUAGCCCCACAAUUUAUUCGGUUUCCAGCAGCAGCAGAAUAUCCAACUGUGAAACAAGCAUUUUAUGCUUUGGGAAUGACACGCCAUGGUGCGGGUUUUCCAAACGUUCUGGGUGCGAUUGACUGUACCCACGUGAGGAUUCAAAAACCUAGUACCGAGGCUCCUGAACAAUAUCUUAAUCGUCACUUGUAUUAUUCUAUCAAUGUUCAGCUGGUGGUAAGUUCCAGCUUGAAGAUAUUUAAUGUUUUUGCAGCAUUUCCUGGCUCAAAUCAUGAUUCCUUCAUCUGGAGAAACUCAGCUGUACGAGAUGGAAUAGUUGCAGGAAAUUUUACAGAAGGUUGGCUUGUGGGUGAUUCAGGCUAUCCACAAGAACCGUGGCUUAUGACACCCGUCACAGUCCCAACCACUGUGCCUGAACAACUUUAUAACGCGGUUCACAUUUCUACUCGAAAUCCUGUGGAGAGAACAAAUGGUGUUCUCAAAAGUCGAUGGCAUGUUUUAGAUUCUCCUCUUGCUUACAGUCCAGCCAAGGUUUGUGCCAUAACGACUGCUUGUUGUGUGCUGCACAAUAUCUGCACAGAGUACAACCUAGAAGUUGAGGAUCUCCAGGAACAUCCACUUCAUGACGACUUGCCAUUUCAAGGACCGCAAAACCCCGAUUAUAACGACGUUAGAGGAAACCUGAUUAGACAACAUUUUACUCGAUAAGCGACAUUUUACCUGAUCUUGACUUUAUUUUUACCUAUUACAAACUUUUUUUUCUCUCGAUUUUGACUCACUCGUUUUUGAUCAAUUUUUCAAUAUUCAAUGUAAGUACAGUUAUUUUUUGUUAUAUCGUAAUUCAUUAAACACUUCUCCCAAUAACACAACUAACUGUUUUUCCCAAUUAAUUUAAACCUUGUCCCUUUCCUAUCCCGGUGGGAACUUGCCAUCCUCUCCGUGGUCCCACCAGAUAUUUCCAUAUUUAAUGGAAUAACAAAAUUGGCAACUAUUUACACUUGAUAACAUUUACACUUGAUAACCACUUUAAAAUUAGUCUGUUCAAACUAAAAAAUGUUUUUCUUUUUUAAUUCCUUAUAUCUUUAAAAGUGGUUCAAGCAGUUAUAGUUAAAAUAAACAAAAAAUUUAGAAGUAAAUUGAACUACAAAAUUUUUGGUUAAAAAAGUUUAUUUUAAAUUUUUUUUUUCUUAAUAGCCAACUCUUCCUCUCUAAUCUCUAGCUCUCUCUUUUUUAAAUUUACAAGCAUGUUGAUUUCCUUCCUUGAUUCUCGUAUUUCCGCCACCAGCUGCCCCAGAAGUACAUUUGUUUCUGCUUGCAACGCAGAAGUUUUUUUUAUUUCAUCAAGUGCAGAUUUCUUUGUAAAUUUUUUUUUCUGUACUUGGGGGGCUGGAGUCUCCGCAGGCAGUGGUGGCGGCGGGGUAGGAAGUCGUGGCGGUGGGGUAGGAAGUCGUGGAGGUGGGGUAGGAAGUCGUGGCGGCGGGGUAAGAUGUCGUGGAGACGGGGUUAGAGGAUAUUGCGGCGGGGAAAGAGUACGUGGCGGCGGCGAAACAGGACGGGGCGGAACUGGAUCAUGGGACUCUGUAAUUUGAAUGAACACGGAUUAUUACAUGUAAACAAAAUUGUAAGUUGCGAAAAACUAUAUUUGUCUGAAAAUGUAAAAUGCAUUAAUAAAUAUGUCACAAACUAUUGCGUUUUUCUUGUUCGUAUACUUACCAACUUUACAGAAUGCAAAGGUGUCGAUACCUCCGCGUAUUCCCUCAACGCUUUCCUUUCCCACAAAGGUAAGCAUUUUUUCCUCAAAUGCAUUGAGGGGAGCCGCAUCAUUUUCGCCCCCGCCCGUUUUUCUUGAUUCCCUAAGCAGGGCAUUAGCUCUCGAUUUGGUCCUCGACUUGAGGUCUUUAAAUUUUUUUUUCAAUUCGCCCACAGACCGGACGCAGGGGGCCACCGAAUUUACAUGCGACAGGACCUGAUCCCAGGCCCUGUCGCGAUGGUAUUGCGUUAAUGAUGGCCCUUUCAAUGGGCCAAACAAAAUAUUUCUUCGGUUUUCAACUUCCACGAUUAAAAUUUCGACCUCCGUGGGAGUGAAAUUUUUCGCCCGCCGGCCUUUUUUAAUCGUUCUGAAAGUAAUCACACAAAUAAUUUGAAUUAUGUUUAGCAUUAAUUAAAUAGUAGUUAAUACAUUUUUUAUGAUAACAAUACUUACGCUUGAUUUUCCAUGUCAGUUUGGAAUUUGAACGAGGAAACUCAAAUCACAAAUUAAAAAUUUGACGUUUCGAAAGUCACGUGACCCGCGCAAAAUUUUGCGUCACAGCACCAGUUUGCUACGACGUUGCGACAUAGCAGUUUUUGGAGUUAAAAUUGGUCGUAUCUCGCGGUCGCAGUGUGGGCGCUAAUCACCCGCGCAACGUUGCGCUGCGACCAUGAUUUGCGCCGGUCGUAUCUCACAACUUGAAAUUGGCCCGUAAGAUGACAAUUUUAAUGAAAGGUGAUGAUAGGUCGUCGAGGUCC